AUGGAUGAUUGUGAUGGCAUAGAAUGGUAUCCCGACACGGAAGGGCAUGAUGGAAUGGAUUGCCACAAAUACCCUGGCACGCAGAGUACUGGCACGUCAACCAAUCCAAUCAUGCAGGGAGGAGGAAGAUACCGUGAUGCUCAAUGCUACAUCAGAAACGGCUGCCGGAACACUUUUGCCACCUUUGAUCAGUCAUGCAGGGAUCAAAACGGAGUUGAUGUUCGAGGAGAUCCCAUGCCUGCUGGUGAUUCUUCUCUCGCAGACUGCAAGGCUGCAUGCAUCGCUACAGAAGCCUGCGUGGGAAUAGAAUGGUACGAUGAAACCUACGGCUACGCAUACUCAGAUGUGAAGUGCCACAAGUUUCCAGCAACAAAUCCUGUUCCAAAUUUUGAUGGGUGGCCACGCACAGCAGACAACCCGAUUCUGCAAGGAGGAGGAAGUUAUCGAGAUGGUGAAUGCCACGUGCGGCAUUGCUUCAUAACAGCCGAGUUUACACAUUUCGAGGGUUAUUGCAGGGACUUUGCAGGGAUUGAUGUCCCUGCAGAUCCAUUACCAGCUUCUACACUGGAAGCCUGCAAGGAGGCAUGUGCAGCAAUGGAUGAUUGUGAUGGCAUAGAAUGGUAUCCCGACACGGAAGGGCAUGAUGGAAUGGAUUGCCACAAAUACCCUGGCACGCAGAGUACUGGCACGUCAACCAAUCCAAUCAUGCAGGGAGGAGGAAGAUACCGUGGUGCUCAAUGCUACAUCAGAAACGGCUGCCGGAACACUUUUGCCACCUUUGAUCAGUCAUGCAGGGAUCAAAACGGAGUUGAUGUUCGAGGAGAUCCCAUGCCUGCUGGUGAUUCUUCUCUCGCAGACUGCAAGGCUGCAUGCAUCGCGGCAGAAGGCUGCGAGGGAAUAGAAUGGGCCUUGAACCAGCUGGCAGACGGAUCUGCUGGACAAAGCUUUCCGGCAGUGAGCGUGGCUUCGUCCCCUUUUCCUUUGCUUUGGCUGCCACAGUGGUUGGCAGAAGAAGAGAUCACAGAGAUUUUACUUGAAGCCAAGGACCGUAGGUUCAUGGGCCGCUACUUGACAUAUCAUACGACAUCAUAUGACCAAUUGGAAAUAGUUGUGCAGAUGUUUGCCCCACCUUCUCACAGCUCAUUGAACUCUGAGCUUGGGGUCCGCAGCUCGGAGAGCCUGGUCUUGUCCUCGGGGCCGUGGGUGCAGAGGCUGCGAGGACGGGCCGCGGCGCUGGUGGGCUUGGCUCCGCAAUACGCGGAGCCCCCACAACUGGUGAAGCGCGCAGAAGAUGCAGAAGAUGCAGCCCAGAAGAUCGCGUUAAAUCUUUGGAUACGAGAUCGACCGGUGCCAUGGGACCUCUUCAACCGCUUUGGCAAGGCAGACCUGAGAGGGGUGUGGUCUCCACGAAGCAGCGAGCUGGAUGUGGCUGCACGUGCAGAAGGUGCCCCCCAGCAGCAUGGAGGCGAAGUGCGAUUGCUUCUGCGGAUUGCACAGGGUCACGAUGUGUCACCGGACAUUUUUGGACACUUCCAGCGUCGAGAGAAGGGCUUUGAAGUGGUGAGUCCUCGAGACCUGCCGCCGCCGCCACCGGAGGACAUGGCACUUGGCACAGAGAUUCCGUGGUUUUCACUGAAUGACAUUGACGUCGGCAAGCGCUUGGGCGCCGGGAAGUUCGGCUCCGUCUACGUGGCUCGCUGUCGGCGAACAGGCUUCAUCUUUGCCCUGAAAGUACUGGACAAGCGUCAGCUUAUUAAGCAUCGUGUGGAGCAUCAGCUCAGGCGGGAGAUCGAGAUUCAAUCGCACUGUCGCCAUGUGAAUAUUCUUAGACUUUACACUUUCUUCCAUGACGAGAAGCGUGUUUAUCUUUGCCUCGAGAUGGCGCCGGGUGGGGAGCUCUAUGGCUUGUUGCAAAGCCGUGGCACCUUCUCGGAGGCGCGAUCAGCAUGGUAUUUCAAGCAGAUGGUGGAGGCCAUCCAGUACUGCCACUCCAAGCACAUCAUUCAUAGAGAUAUCAAGCCAGAGAACAUUCUCAUUGGCCUGAAAGAUACCUUGAAGAUUGCCGACUUUGGCUGGGCAGUUCAUGCGCCGAGUUCGCGGCGCGAGACCUUUUGCGGAACCUUGGACUACCUGCCACCAGAGAUGGUGGUCAACAAGAAGUACCAUAGCCGAGUGGACAUUUGGGGCCUUGGCGUUCUGCUGUAUGAGUUCAUGGUUGGAAAGCCUCCAUUUGAGGAUCAGAGUGAGAAGGGCACCUACCGCAAGAUCAAGUUGGGCAAUCCCCAAUUUCCUCCUCAGAUGACCAGGGAAGCAAAGGACCUUAUCGCCAGGCUGCUCCACAAGAACCCAAGUGAGCGGCUAACACUUGAAGAGGUUUUGGCUCAUCCGUGGAUUUCCUUAAACUGUACCGGAGAGAAUGCCAAGAAGCUGCAGGCCUCCUAUGGUGGUAUUCUGUGA